CACCUCCCCAGAGGCUGACUGGUACCGGUCCGUCUCGGCAGGCGGCGCUGACGGUUCUGUUGCCGUAUAAACCACACGGUAGUGAGGAGAUGUUCUACGUACCCCAGACGCAUCCUGAGCCACAGCUUUCCCCCAUACGAUCUGACUCCACCAUGGAGAGUUCCCACCCAGGCUCGGACGACGCAGUGCCCCCUCGCUUCAACAUAGAGAUCCUGGGGUCACGAGAGGAGCAGGUGGACCAGGUGGUGGACAGAGGGGUAAACAUCAAACACACAGAGGGUAUCUACAGCAAGAGACAAAGACUGGGAGAAAACUACAGUAUGGAGAGGACAGGUACGACCGUGCCAGACAAUGAAGGUCAACCAUUGGUUGACCAGCGUACUCCACAGUCAAAAUGCUUCUCUCAUUUAACAGGAGGGUUAACCAGAGGACCUGCUGUACCAAUCACCACCACGAGAGGACCUGCUAUACCAAUCACCACCACUGGAGGACCUGCUGUUCCAACCACCACCACUAGAGGACCUGCUGUACCAACCACCACCACUAGAGGUCAUGCUAUACCAACUACCACCACUAGAGGACCUGCUAUACCAAUCACCACCACUGGAGGACCUGCUGUUCCAACCACCACCACUAGAGGACCUGCUAUACCAAUCACCACCACUAGAGGACCUGCUAUACCAAUCACCACCACUAGAGGACCUGCUAUACCAACUACCACCACUAGAGGACCUGCUGUACCAACCACCACCACUAGAGGUCAUGCUAUACCAACCACCACCACUAGAGGACCUGCUAUACCAAUCACCACCACUAGAGGACCUGCUAUACCAAUCACCACCAGUAGAGGACCUGCUGUACCAACCACCACCACUAGAGGUCAUGCUAUACCAACCACCUCCACUGGAGGUCAUGCUAUACCAACCACCACCACUGGAGGUCCUACUAUACCAACCACCACCACUAGAGGACCUGCUGUUCCAACCACCACCACUAGAGGACCUGCUGUUCCAACCACCACCACUAGAGAACCUGCUGUACCAAUCACCACCACUAGAGGUCCUGCUGUACCAAUCACCACCACUAGAGGUCCUGCUAUACCACCCACCACCACUAGAGGUCCUGCUAUACCAACCACCACCACUAGAGGACCAUCUGCAGCCAUGAGAGACCAUGGAACCUCAAUCACCACUUCCACACACACCCAGGGUGUCCCAGGCACAGACCACCCUGUCCAGCCCUCCCUUCGCUGCAGCCUGGGGGUGGGGGAAGAGGAGCUGGAGGUGUUUCAGCCUCUGCAUGUAGAGAUGGACUAUAGUUCCAUGGACCUCCACCAUCACUUCCCCAAAACCCACCAUCUCCACAUGGACCACCAGAUCUCCAACGCUCACCUUGUCCGAACCUCAGCCCCUCACCCAGGGAUGGAGCGAGAGCCGGGGAGGCGGGACCACAGUCUAGCCCAGCGGAGUGGCAGCACUCUGGACCAACUGUGGCGCAGGUUCAGUGAGAGGUGGAGCCUGGAGGAGGCCCGGCCCACCAAUGAGAGAGAGGCGUCCCUGCUGGAGCGGCUGGAGCGUCUGUCCCGCCUCAUCCACAGCACCGGGACCUCCGCCCCGCCAGAGCCAACGCAGCAGACUGAUACCACAGAACAAGAGGGGGGAGGGAGGAGAAGAGAACGAAAGAGUGGUAGGAAGGAGGAAGAGAGGAGAAGAGGACGUGUGGAGGAAGGGAGGAGUAAGAGAGAGGAGAGCAGCAGUGGCCGGAGUGAUCCCCAUGCUAAAGCUAACCAGGCUAAGGCUAGUGUUCCCCGCCAGGCCUGGGAGCAGCAGGAUGAGGAGCCCCAGCUCGCAGAGGGGGAGGACAGCUCUAGCCCCUCCCAUGGUCCGGCCCACAGCUUUAGCCCCUCCCACCUCCCGGCCCGCAGCCAAUACCUGUGUCCAGCAGAGAGAGAGAGGUCUGGGAGCGUCUCAGGGGAGACCAGCAGCUCCAUGUCAACAAUAGACACAGCCCGACUGGUGAGGGCCUUCGGAGCCCACAGGGUCAGAGGGCUGAAUACACAAGGGACCAGCCACAGGACCAGCCACAGCCUUAGUAAACUGUACAGCACCAUCCUCCAGCAGAGGCAGAGCAAGGAGCAGAGGAGAGGGAGGCCCAGAGAGACUCCUCAUAUCCCCCCAGUCCCCUCAGAGUCUACUGGCACUGAUAACUCUGUAAUUCCAGCUGACUCUGCAUCUUCAACCAGCACCUACACCCUCCCCUCACAUCGUGGCCCCUCCCACUCCAAGAAGGCAGUCAAACAUGUCAACAAAGGCAUACAGGCAGGGGACCUGGAGAUUGUGAGUAACGGAACACGUCGCCACACCCGAGACGUCGGCACAACGUUCCCCUCGCCAGGCUCAGCCAGGGGUGCCAGGGUGCUCCCCUCCUCACACUCUGGUAGCAAGAGGGGUAGAGCGGGAGACAGGAGCCCUCCUAAAACGCAGAGGAAGAGGAAGAUGAGCCAACCCUCUGCCAGGCCCUACUACCCUCAAGGUGUAUCAUGGUACAUCCCUGCUGAGGACCUGAGAGCUGAGGGCAGGAAGGAGAACAGGCCGGAGCAGCAGCCCCUCCAGGGCCCCGCCUGGUUUGAACCCUACAGCAGAACCACCCGGCCCUGGAGAGAACCACUCAGACAGAGACAAAUACAGGACAGGGAAAGACUGACAGACAGACUACAGACCAAUCAGCUGGAGGCUGACCGCGACAGACCCAGUGAGAGGCAGCUAAUCAAGCACAGCAUCAUCACCCCUCCUGGGCCUGAACCCACUGGCAACGCCCCUGCCGCCCUGGUCCGCAUCUCUCUCCAGGAGGCUCUGGAGCUGCGCCGGCCAGAGUUUGUGUCUCGGUCUCGGGAGAGGGUGAAGCGUCUGGUGCUGCAGGGCGAGGAGAGGAAGCUGCAGGUCGUCUUCAGCAGAGAGAGAAACGAGCUCUUCAACCAACCCAGAAGACCAGGGCGACUGGCCCAGCCUGCAGGCACUGCUGUGUUUCAGAGAGCCGUUCCCAAGAAGGAGAUGGUGCAGCGAUCUAAACAACGGUCAGGCCAGGAACAGGAAGCAGGCUCUAACAACAGGGGGGCCAGGAGGAGGAGGAUCUAUGAGCAGCUGCCAGAGGUGCAGAGGAGGAGAGAGGAGGAGAAGAGGAGAGAGGAGUACCGCUCUUACAGACUCAAUGCUCAGCUCUACAACAAGAGAAUCACCAACAGAGUCCUGGGCAGACAAACACCCUGGCAGUGAGCGCCACACCCAGGAGGACUUUUCCACUUGACACCCUGGCAGUUUGCUGUGGAAUAAAAUACAAUGUAGUUCAAUUGUUUACAUUUUUUAACGUUUUAUUCCGAUCUGCAAGCUUCCAUUUUGUUCACCUUUUUUAACACAUUAUGAAGUGAAAAGUAAAUAAUUUGUCUGUUUCUAAAGAGACAGGGUCAUAAUUGGUGUGCAUUUAAAUACUUAUUAUUAUAGUUUUUUUAAUGAGGAAAAUAUAAAUAAACAUGCUUUCUACACUCUA